AUGCGUCAGAUUAAACUGCGCCGACUGGCGGCUAGAUUGUUCAAGGUUCCGAACUCAUUUCUGCCAACUCUGCCGUCUUCCAUGCCAUCUCCGGAGACUUGUGCCGUAGUUGAUGAUAGUAUUGAGAAGGACGAGCCCGGCGAGGAUGGUCAACUCGUUGAGAACGUCGAGACUCCUCAAGCGGCUGUCAAUGGAUUUGAAUAUGACACCUUGAUGGUUGAAGGGCCUAGACCGCUCAGUAUUAUCUAUGAGGUUGACGAGGAAUACGAAAUAGACGUCGAUGCUGAGCCAAAGUUGACUGCUAAAGAUUGUGAGCCUGAGGUCAUCGAACGGGCUGUGACUAUGGAAGGCGAAGACCUUACUCAGACCGAUGUCAAGACAGAUAACCAAGACCAGUCGGACAGCAAAGAGCAGUCGGACAGCAAAGAGCAGCCGGACAGCAAAGAGCAGCCGGACAGCAACGACCAGUCAGACAGCAACAGCCAGUCAGACAGUAAGGACAGCGAUGAGCCUGCACCUGUGAUAGAAACAUCGACUUCAGUCGAGGAGUCGGCCCCUUCCUCUGUCAGUUCUGGUGCAGGUAACAAUUCAGUGCAAACCAGAACAGCCAGCGAGCUGGAAGUCCUUUCUCCACAGCCCAGGCCCACAUACAAGAGCAGUGGGUCCGAGGAGAUAAUCCCCCGGCCGCGUGCCCCAAGACGCAAAGCGCAGGCUGAUGCUGGCAGUGAAUGCAAGCGUUCGAAAAACUCGCUGAAAAAGUCUCAACGGCAACUCCAGGCUGCAAUUAAUGCCUGCCACCCAGCUAAAACCGGUGAAAAGGUCGAUCCCGCCGUUGCUACUUGGUGGGACCAAGCCAUCGAGUCCAUGGAGCAGGGCCCUCAAGAGGCGAGGAAGUUUUUCGAAAAGACACCUGCCCCGUUUAACGAGAAAUUGAAUGCCCUGGAGGCCAAGGCUCUAAAGCGACGCGCCAUGAAAGAAAAGAAGGCUCGCGAACAGCUCCCUCCGUGCGACUCUGACUGCGUUGACCCCGAGAGAGAUCUCUACGAUGUGUGCUGGGCUCUUCUCAAAGACCAUGGCCUGCUGACAGAGUACUUGCUGGAUAAGCAAGAGCGUGACCGGAUGAGCCGCGAGAAAGCAGAACGUGAGAAGGCGAAGCGCGAGAAGAAGGCGAAGAAGAGGGCUGAGAAGAAGGCUGAGAAGGAAAAGGCCGAGAAGGAGAAGUGCGAGAACGGGAAGCCCGAGAAAGAGAUGGGUGUGAAAGACAAGACCGAGGAGAAGAUGGGUGAGGAGGGGAAGGCUGAUGAGAAGGCCGCGAAGAAGCUCAGGGAAGAGAAGAGUGAAGCUAUUGGGAAUGGCGAGGGGGGCGGGAAGGGCUCAAAGAAAAAGAAGAAGAAGAAGAAGAAGAAGAGCAAGAAGGCCUCGGCCACUCCGGGCUGCACCUGCGGCCAUGGAGCCGCCUGA